CCUGUGGGUAUAAAUAAAACCGGCACGAACUUGCAGCAACAGUCAACCGCAGCGUUUCCGACUACAGCACAGCGAAGCAUUUCUUCCGUACGCGUCGUGACCAAUCCACUGCAGGGACCGAGUUCACUACGUAUUAAACCGGUAGGCUAUCCAUUCCACUCGUCCACCAGAGACCACACGCUAAACCGCAAACGACCGCUGGCCUGGGAUAUCCUUUGACGGCAAAACCCACAACGCAUCACCAUGGCCAACCUUUGGGAACUGUACAUCGUUCUACUGACCAUCCAAUCAACACUUGGAGCACGGCUACGGUACGAGUUCUCCCAUCACCGGUAUGACGAUCUACAGAGGAUCAUCGCGGAGACUCACGCGGCCUGUCCGGACAUCAGCAGGGUGUACAACAUCGGGCGGAGUGUGCAGGGACGGAACCUGACUGUCAUCGAGUUCUCGGACAACCCUGGAGUCCACGAGCCUGGUGAACCCGAAGUCAAGUACGUAGCCAACAUGCAUGGAAACGAGGUGACGGGACGGGAGCUGCUACUCCUCUUCAUGCAGUAUCUCUGUAACAGUUAUAACAGCGUCUGGCGGGUGAAACGCCUGAUAAAAUCCACCCGAAUCCACCUCCUCGCCUCCAUGAACCCAGACGGGUACGAAAUAGCAGCACGGCGGGGCCCAGAUAACGGUUGGAUGAGCGGCCGGGAGAACGUCCAGAGCAUCGACCUCAACAGGAACUUCCCAGCUCUCAACACCAUCGUCUAUCGUAACGAGCAACAUGGCGGCCCUACUGACCACAUUCCUAUUCCUGACAGUUACUGGGAGGGGGAUGUUGCACCUGAAACGGAGGCCGUCAUCAGAUGGAUAAAGCAGUACCCAUUCGUGAUCAGCGCCAAUUUGCACGACGGAGCACUGCUAGCAAAUUACCCUUACGACCAAAGUAGAGACGGAUCGUGGCAUGGCUUCACCCGGUCCCCCGAUGACGCCAUCUUCCGCCAGAUCGCCUCCACCUACGCCGAUGCCCACCGGACUAUGUCACUGCCAGACUACGGAUGUGACUCCGGCUCGAAUUUUGGCAGCCAGGGCGGCAUCACAAACGGGGCUGCUUGGUACUCCACUGCUGGAGGAAUGCAAGAUUUCAACUACCUUCACACCAACUGUUAUGAGAUCACUCUGGAACUGGCGUGUGACAAAUUUCCGCCAGCAGGCGCUCUUCCAACGGAGUGGAGAAACAACAGGAAGGCGCUGAUUGCUUACCUCGAGCAGGCUCACAAAGGCAUAAAAGGCUUUGUGUUGGACCAUAACCUUGAUCCCAUUGAGGGGGCCGUUAUUCACGUGGACGGGAUCAACCAUAACGUUAUAACAGGAAAAGACGGCGACUACUGGAGGCUGCUGGUCCCUGGUACCUACACUGUUACCGUUUCUUACAACGGCUUCUCCAAAACCAAACCUGUCACGGUCACCAGCAAAAGAGCACGGACUCUCAACUUCGUCCUGGAUAUCUAUAGAAAAAUACAACGUCGUAGGCUUUCCAACAGCAUGGCCAACCUAUGGGAGCUUUCCAUCGUUCUGCUGACCAUCCAUACAACACUUGGAGCACGGCUACGGUACGAGUUCUUUCAUCACCGGUAUGACGAUCUACAGAGGAUCAUCGCGGAGACUCACGCGGCCUGUCCGGACAUCAGCAUGGUGUACAACAUCGGGCGGAGUGUGCAGGGACGGAACCUUACUGUCAUCGAGUUCUCGGACAACCCUGGAGUCCACGAGCCAGGCGAACCGGAAGUCAAGUACGUGGCCAACAUGCAUGGUAACGAGGUGACCGGACGGGAGAUGUUACUCCUCUUCAUGCAGUAUCUCUGUAACAGUUACAACAGCGUCUAUCGGGUGAAGCGCCUGAUAAAAUCCACCCGGAUCCACAUCCUCGCCUCCAUGAACCCAGACGGGUACGAAAUUGCAGCACGACAGGGCCCGGGUAACAACAACUGGGUGAGAGGUCGGGAGAACGCCCAGGGUCUCGACCUCAACAGGAACUUCCCAGCUCUCAACACCAUCGUCUAUCGUAACGAGCAAUAUGGCGGCCCUACUGACCACAUUCCUAUUCCAAACAGUUACUGGAAGGGGGUUGUCGCACCUGAAACGGAGGCUGUCAUCAGAUGGAUAAAGCAGUACCCAUUCGUCAUCAGCGCCAAUUUGCACGACGGAGCACUGGUAGCAAAUUACCCUUACGACCAAAGUAGAGACGGUUCAUGGCAGCGCUACGCUGGUACCCCCGAUGACGCCAUCUUCCGUCAGAUCGCCUCCACCUACGCCGAUGCCCACAGGACUAUGUCACGGCCAGACUCCGGCUGUGACUCCGGCUCGAAUUUUGGCAGCCAGGGCGGCAUCACAAACGGAGCUGCUUGGUACUCCGUAACAGGAGGUAUGCAAGAUUUUAACUACCUUCACACCAACUGUUAUGAGAUCACCCUGGAACUGUCGUGCGUCAAGUUUCCGCCAGCAGGCGUUCUUCGGAGAGAGUGGGGAAACAACAGGAACUCACUGAUUGCUUACCUCGAGGAGGCCCACAAAGGUAUAAGAGGCUUUGUGUUGGACCGUAACCUUGAUCCAGUUGAGGGUGCGGUCAUUCACGUGGACGGGAUCAACCAUGACGUCACAACAGCAAAAGACGGUGACUACUGGAGGCUGCUGGUCCCUGGUACCUACACUGUCACCGUUUCUUACAGCGGCACCACCAAAACCAAACAGGUCAGGGUCACUAGCAAAAGGGCACGGACUGUGAACUUCACUAUGGAUAUCUAAAGCAGAUUCACAACGGCGCAUGCCUUAGAACUUGGAAUGAAUUAAUUGUAUAUACGGUCACGUUCAUGAACAAAUACAAUGUAGGAUGAUAUCCUGCCUACGGUUUCCGAAUGUUGUGUCAGAAGAGAUAUCAUAUGCAACUGAUGAAAUUUAAUGCAAGUUGACAAAACAUCUACAUGUAACAGAACCUUGAUGAUUUCUAUUGUUACUUUAACUACAAGUCUAGAUAACUUCUGAUAUUUUUCUAAUAACCAUGCAGUUCAAUGCUUAAAAAGGAGUCUAUGGUUGAAGAGUGCCAUAUAUGUGUUAAGUCCUGGGACGUAAGUUUUACAUAAGUGCAACCAAGACACUCUGUCUGAUCCAUAGCGUGCCAGUAGCAUUAGGAAUAGCGUGUGAAUCCUUGAAUCAAGAAAUUGAAUUUGUGAUGUCGGCAAGUUAAUAAAUUCAGAACUCACACAGAG